AUGUCUCGAAGUAAUUCUGAUCGUUCCGUAUUUUUUCGUUAUAAUGGUGAUAGAUGCAUCUACUUGGUGGUCUAUGUUGAUGAUAUUAUCAUUACAGGAAAUGAUCAUGAUGGAAUCUCUCAGCUUAAGCAACAUUUAUUCAGUCAUUUUCAAACUAAAGAUUUGGGAAAACUGAAAUAUUUCUUGGGAAUUGAAGUGGUACAAUCUAAAAUAGGUAUUACAAUUUCUCAACGAAAAUAUGCUUUGGAUAUAUUGGAAGAAACAGGCAUGUUAGACUGUAGACAUGUGGACACUCCUAUGGAUCCAAAUGUUAAGCUUGUUCCUAAACAGUGGGAGCCACUUAAAGAUCCUGCUAGAUACAGAAGAUUAGUCGGCAAACUCAACUAUCUCACUAUCACACGACCAGAUAUUUCCUUUGUUGUAAGUAUGGUUAGUCAAUUUCUUCAAACUCCAUACAGUAGUCAUUGGGAUGUAGUCAUUCGCAUUCUUAGAUAUAUCAAAGGAGUUCCAGGACAUGGUCUACUCUAUGAGGACAAGGGUCACUCAUAA